AUGGCGAUCUACACGUCCCUGACAGUGCCUACUGUUAUUUUACACCCCUCGGAGAAAUGUCUGCAGUGGUCAGACGAUGGGCAGGCCUGCAUCACCACCAAGGCAGCUGUCCAUGUCAUGACCCCAGACCCAGGAAUUAACUUUAGCACACCACCCGACAUCAAGGCACCCCGAGGAGAUGAGCAAGGGGAGCAACCGCUCGGGUGGUUCAGGACGAUGAUCGAGCCGGCGCGUGGACAGACACAUAUGUGGCCGAGUAUAUGUCAAGAUUGGGGCGCUAUUACUCUCGGAUCCCUCGAUGUUUCUCUUUGCGAUAUUGCAUGCUCCCCCAGUAAUCUCACGCCGAGGGGAAGAUGUGUCAUAGCUGUUCUUAACUCAAACGCAGAAGUGUCACUUUGGGCAGCAGCUAAAAAUCACUUGAAGGGAGAAUGGACUAAUGUGAGAGCUGUAAUAGACAUUGCAUCAUCCGAAUAUCGUCUUGCCUGGUCGAAACAGCCGGACUAUGGGAUCGCACCCACCCCGAUUCUCGAUUCCUCGAUGCUUGCCCUGGGAAACAGGGCGGGUUCUAUUAUGUUUCUCAGGUUCAACAGAAACAGCGACUCAGGAGGUUCCGUCUCGUACAUCCAUACAGAACCUUUGAGUGACCACUGGAUCACGCAUCUGAGCUGGUCACCUUGGGUUAUUCAUGGUGUUGGCCAAUGUAAGGAUUCUCGUACCUAUCGCAUGAAGAGGAUCGAAGUUCAUGAUGGCGCAGGCGAAUCUCUACUGGCCUUCUCCACUGACCAAGGCAAAGUUGGACUGGUCAAAGUCAUCCAAACUCUGCAGUCUAGCUCGAACGUUGGUUUUGUGCCCGAGUAUACGACCAGUGUUAUAUUCGAUGUUCAAGGUCCAAUAUGCGAGGCUGAUAAACGAAGCGUGACCGCACUGACGUGGGUUCAACCACCAAGAAGAAACCCUAUCAUCGUAUAUACAAAACCCGGCAUUGUGCACCUGUGGUCCUGGCCCAGUUCAGAACCCACCUGGUACGGCACCCGCAUACUCCCGCUCCAAACCCAAAAGCUAUCCGUCGGAUCCUCCGCCAUCAGCCCUGUCUCCGGAGUGUCCUACGUCCUUCACCGCGACGCACUCAUCCUCUCACUUUUCGACGGUUCCUUCCACGUUAUCCAUAAUAUGUCCGUGGAACCUACAUGGAGUCUUCCGCUCCCAGACGACAUCGUCACCUCCGCAGAGCUAUCUCGUGCGUCACGAGCGUUGUUCGCCAAGGUUAAUCCUGCGCGCAUUUCACACAUGGAUGUCAACAGGAUUAGUGGCAUGGUGUCGUACGACUCGCAGUCGACCCUCGUUUGGAUAUACGAGCCAGUGGCCCUUCGACCUGCUGAUUUCAGCUACAAGCAUGAAGCUCAGCACGAAUGCAUGCUGCUCACUGCACCAUUAUGGCAGCUCGACGACGAGACUGUCUUGCAUACCGUUUCAGAGGCGUUCACUGACAUCUCUUGCGAUUGUCAAGCUUCAGGGAGUGCCCCCAUUCACCAUUUGCGCGCUGCGAUGCUUCAUCUGCGCAGCAAUACGCGCUUCGCGGCGCUGUGUCCUCGGGUACUGGAAAUUUUAUCUCAAGUUCCACCAGACCAAACGACAACCAUAGUCUUGCCAUCCUGGACGCAAGGAUCGAACGACGACUUGCGAUUCCAGCUUCGGAAAAGUCUCACCGUUCAUUUGUUUGGCUGGCCCAACCUCCUAUCACUGCGAAUGAGGCUCUCCGUAGCUGACCUGUGUUGGAAACUUUGCAAGGACCCAGAGAUGCAAGCACAGUGUGGUCAAGUUGCACAGGGCCUCCUAGCCGCAAUCUCGCACUGUGUGCUGCGGAUCCUCGUUCGUCACUUGAGAGCCAUCAUUCCCGUCGUCACUGCGCCUGAUAUCCCAUUCGUCCUCCGUGAAGUGGUACAGUCAUUACUUCCCGGUUCGCCACAAGAUCUAGCAGACGAAGCUCAAGCCUUAAAAGACACUCUCACUACAUCCUUCCCCAUCGAUCCAGCAAUCGCCGCGUUGCACGAACACUGUCCCGCCUGCCACGCCGAAGUCCCACUCCACGACAUCACUCGCGCAACUUGUCCAAGUGGUCAUACCUGGGCUCGCUGUACGAUCACCUCCUUCAUACUCUCGACGUCGAAGGUACGCACAUGCAUCGGAUGCAGUCGGAAGGCCUUGCUUCCGUUUGCAGCGUCAGAUGAGAGCCUAUUACCUGUUGCUGCACAGAGUUGGAUUGUGAGUAAUUUGCUGGAGGCUGUACAGCGGUGCGUAUUUUGUGGGAAUGGCUUUGUGGAAAUCGUAUAA